CAUCGAGCGAGAAGAUGGCGGCUGUAGUGGGAAGAUUUGUGAAGUUUUCCCUUCGAACUUCGCCAUCUCUUCCCAGAUUGUCGAGAUGUUUUGGCUCUAUUGUUAAGUAUCAAGGUGAAAGAAUAGAAAGCCGGGGUGCCGUCGUCUCUUGCCAGUCGUGUUUGCGGAGAUGGCAGUCUACAGAAGGUGUCACAUAUGAUGAAAGAACAAAAAUAAGAACGUGGUUAGAUAAGGCAAAAAACGCAAACUGGUUAUCUCGGUGGAUUAACGACGUCGACGAAAUAGAGGACACAAUGAUGUCAGAAGAGGAAAUUGAGGAAAGAGAGAAGCUCAUACAAAAAAUGACUGAAAUGUAUUUUGACAAUCCCUCCAAGAAGUGGGAUGCAUCAUUCUUUGAAGAAAUUUUCAACACAUUAAUGAAGUAUAAUGACAGGGUUGGUUCUGAAAUCUUUUUGGAAAUGAUGAGAGAAAUGCAAGUAGAUGUGAAUCAACAGCUUAUUGAGAGGGUUGAGACAUUUGUGAAGAAAUCCAAAGAUGCAUCUUGGUUUGAAGAUUAGAUUUUAACAAAGUGUUGUCUUUUUGUGACAUCUGUCUUCCUUGUAAAUAAUUUGAGUUUAGAAUGACUAGGAAGAAGAAGCAGUGUGCAUGCUAUUAAUGUACUAUAAUAAUACAACAGUUUGAGACUGCUUAGCUUUAACAAUCAUUGGACUAGGGAUGGAAUUAUUUGACAUUUUCACUAAAUAGAAGUCCCUUGUUCAUAUUUUUUAUUGUGAUGACAAAUUAAAACCUUCUAUCAUAAGGUA